AUGUCCGGCAUGCAUUCUGGUCCCAAAAUUGUCGCUGCAGACAGUAACAUGCAACUACGACGCUUUGCGAAAACGAAGGACCCAAAAGACGUCGCAUUUACUGAUCAAGAAGAAGUGGAUUGGUAUUGGGUUAAAGAUAACCAAGUCGUCCAAUACCGUAACGCAGCAACUGAUGGCUGUAGCGCGUGGCAAGCUCUCGAGAAGGGCCGCGGGCGUACCGAUCAUCUAGAUCAAAAUGGUGCAUUUGCAUGCACUUGUGGCCAUGGCCUUCCUCUGGCCAUUACAGACAUUACAACGCCUGGUGAACAAUUCACCUACGUCCUCAGUUGCUUGAAAAAAGAAUCGUUGGAUUGUAUUAAGGAUGUCCCUAUUGCUGUCGGUAUAUUCCACAUCACCGGACAUGCCCCACGGUGCCAGAUCCACUACCAUCCUCGCCUCAAGGAAGGGUGGGGAAUACAGGAUGGUGAGCAUCUUGAACGGCUCUGGUCUUUCCUCAACGGAUUUGUUGCCAUGACACGCAACAUGUCGUCUCUCAACAGACGGCUCACCUUGACUACUGCUCUUGACUUUUACACGCAGCAAAGAACAGACAAUAUUGGUGUGAACCUCCGGCGUAAGUAUAAACGCGCUUUGGAACUUAAAUCCGAUGCUUUGAAGACACUUUUGAAAGCCGGUAUUCAAGAAGGUGACGAGAAUUCUCUUGCAUCAAUGGCAAGGAAAUGGAAGGAGCACGUGGAUGAGACGGUUCAGAGGGACACAAACAACACCCGUCAAGGAGGAAGAAUUGGUGCCGCCAGUAGGGCUGUGGAGAACCUGCGCCUGGCCAUUGGCAUCUAUGACCUCAUAGAGAGAGCCUUUAAACAGCAGGGAAAUGGCCAAAAAUGGGGACCUGCAAUUUUCCGCUAUUGA